AUGUCGACGACAAUAUCAGAUGUCGAACGAACUAAUAAUUUAGAAUGGCGUUUAAAACGUUUGGAAAAUUUUAUUGGAAAAUCGGAUAAAUUAGAUAAGAAACGAAUCAAUGAAACAAUUAAUGAUCUUAAUGAACAUGUUUUUCGACAUGCAAGCAAUAAUAAUAAUGCUAAAACAUUAUUAAAUAAAGCUGAUGAAAUCAAUCAUUUAACAAGUUCGAAAUUUCAACGACAUUUAUUAGCAGAUAGAGCGACAAAAUUAGAAUUAAUACUUGCUGAUGAAGAACGUAUACGUGAAAUAACACAAACACUUUCCGAAAUCGAUACAUUAGCACGUGUACUUGACGGAGAACAUUUUCAAGAAAUACCAAAAUUAUCUACAGCUUUGAAUAAAUUAUUGGUUACUCAUAAUGAUAUUAAAAAUCAUCAUAGUGAAUUUACACAAGAAUUAAGUAAUUUUUUACAAAAUUAUGCAGCAUUUACUCUAAUGAUGGACGAAAAUCUUCAACAAUAUAAACAAAUCUUAAAUAAAAAUCAGAAAACAUUAUCAGAAAUUCAAGAUAAUCCAAUUGAAUAG